AUGUCUUUGAGCUCAGACAGGCGCNCAAGGCUCAGUUCAUUGAAGAUGUCUCAGGAUGAUCACUGGCUGGUCCUUGCGCUCUGGAAGAAGAUGGGCACCAAUGUCGGGAUUUAUGUGACUGAGGCCUUGGAGAGGACCUUCGUGGCUUUCCCCUCCACCAAAACCUACUUCUCACACUUGGACCUGAGGCCAGGCUCUAGCCAGGUAAAAGCCCAUGCCCAAAAGGUGGCCGAUGCACUGACUCUCGCUGCCCAGCACCUGGACGACCUGCCUGCUUCUUUGUCUGCUCUCAGGGAUCUAUAUGCGCACAAGCUCUGCGUGGACCCCUCUAACUUCCAGUUCUUCAGCCACUUUCUGCUGGUAACUCUUGCCUGGCACUAUCCUGGAGAUGCAAUGUAUGCCUCCUUGGACAAGUUUCUGGGUCACGUGACAUUGGCACUGGUCUCCAAGUAUGGCUGA